CUAUAGUACCCGCAGUACAUUGUAGUGGGCUCCUGAAAGAUUGGAUUGUACUUGGUCGUGUAGCAGUACCGCGUCCUUUUGGUGGCCCUGGGAAAUUACUUCAAAUGACACAUUUCGUUGACAGCGGACGACACGCGCAGUUUGCUUCAAACUCCAGCAGGAUCAAUGCAGUGAGUGAUCGGUCUACAACUAGCCACCGGGGAAGAAUUACGAGACAACUGCCAUUGCAGCAUCAUGAGCCCUCGAAAUCAACAUAUAUCAUGGUGGCCGGCUCCAGGUCGUCGUUGAGGCGUCCUUCGUUACGAGGUCACAAGUCAACCAGGUCCAGCAGUCCGCCAAACAUCGACACGCCCCCUCUGCUCCCACCCUCUGGUGAUAGUGGGAAUGCACACCGAUCCAAACGCGUCCGGACCUCUACCGUGUCAUCUGGACAACAACAUGAUCUGAAAAGGCGCCGUUUAUCGAGCCACAAGAACGAAGUACAGGCACUACGGAUCCCGUUGCGCAGUCGAGGGGUGUUACCUAAUGUCGGCACACCAGCUUCGGGGGCCGCCCCGAACGCAUCGCUGCCGCAACUCGCCAUAAACACAUCCCCCGCCACCAAACCGCUGGACUCGCCGAGCGACAAACCACAGUAUGACCAGAUCAGAAUCAUUGAAGAAAGGGCCAAGGCCGCCAUUAGAGAUGGGCCGGCGUCUACACCGCAGGCAGAAAGGCGGAAACUGCGGUCUGAGGAUGGCGGCUCUCGCGCCAAAACAGAGCUCGCACAGUACUUCCCGGACUUUGAGGAGAUGCUCAGUUUGAAGCCUCCAGACCCUGAAGCCUUGACAGUGCAAACGAAAAUCAUCCUCGUCGAUGAUACUCCGGAUUUCGUGCCAAAGCCUCCCAGGGCUGAUCCCUUCGGCGCGAAUAAGCCUUUGUAUAAUACCCAAAUCAUUGAACUUAAACCUCCUGACCGCCCAACACCAGCCGGGGCCCCUGACCCUCUAGGUGAAGAGGUGUAUUCGAAGAUACACUCCAAGGCUGAGAGGCAUGAGAAGCAGAUGAAGAACAGCGACAGGGAAAGAGCUCAACACGAAAAGUAUCAGUUGGAGAAAUUGUUGGACGAUCUACGUGGUCCGGACUGGCUGAAGACCCUAGGGAUCAGCGGGGUCACCGACACGGAGAAAAGACGGUAUGAACCGAAGCGGUUGCUGUUCAUACGAGAAACACAAGCUCUGAUUGACAAAUUCAAACGAUGGAAAGAGGAAGAGAAACGCAGAAAGCUUGAAAAAGAGCAGGCACUUCUAGAAGAAGCUAUGGAAGAGGAAGAAGAAGAGGACGACACUGCUGAGUCGUCUUUUGACGAGCGGCAGAGCGUUGAGAGUGAGACCACGCAGGCUCCUGACUCUAGCGAACUUGAUGCCCUUGCAGCACUACAACUAAUCGAGGAAGCAAAGAGUGCCACCAAAAGAAAGAAGGCUUCUGCGCCCGCAGCGGCGCCAGCACCGCCUCCGCCGAAGCCGUUCGUCUCUUUCUUUGCCAAAAGGCAUCUGCGGGAUGCCGCGGUCUCUGGCCGUCAAAGAGGUCGUACUAUAUUGGCCUUUGGACAGCCUGUCCCUGAAUUCGUCGAGAAGGACUUUGAGCUGCCGGAUGACAUCCUCACUGAAGAGGCUAUCAGAGCAGUUCAACGGUCUCGGCGACGGUCUCGGCGUGGGGUUGACGAUUGAUGGAGGUGGAGCAGGUGCCAUAUUUUGUUUGUCUUCCAUCCUUGUUUGAUAUAUGGCAAUGGUUGUGUUUAGGAGUGCUUGUAUGGCAUGGUGUCUAUGGAACUUACUCUCUCUGGGGAAUAGGCUGCCGCGUGCUGAGGUGCUCAAAAGGGUUCUACGGUACGUGGAGGCGUUGCUGAAGCAAAUAUGGAUCUCCUGCUCGCAGGAAGCGGUGGACAACAAAAAGAUUGUUGUUCAGACAAGUGGAGGAAAGCAUAGGGUUAUCGGGUGGGAAGGCCACUUAUCCGCGCAUGGAACAGGCCGGGAUGUACCGUAUGAGAUAUAGAUUCAUACAUUGUCAGCAUCGCUUACCUGAAUAGCUUCUCUGGAGGUUGGUAAGAGCAGGAGAGGGCGGUUCGUUUUGACUAUUGGAAGAUGCAGUAGACGUCUCACAUCCAUGGUGAUAUGUGGGAUUCAGUCUCAAGCGCAGCGUGCCCGAAAGACUUCUCCGUCUAGUUGCGAGCUGGUAUCUUGUCUGCGGUGAGAUAGACGUGCUUCUGGGGCCACAAGUCGGAUAGGAGUGUUGCGCGCAUACCUCAUACAUGUAUACAACAGUCCAUGCACUAUGGAGUAUCCCGACUGUCCCAAAUAGGCAAUCCACAUUCUUAUCCAGCGACUUCCGGCCAAAUGAUUGGUCUUUGCCGAGGAUGCGGGAUGCGUGCGCGAAUGUCAAGUCUGCGCUCG